ACAGACGACAGAUAAAAACUGGUCCAAAAAAAUCGAACAAAAGAAGAAAACAUUUUGCGUGAAUGGUGUUGGAAGUCCUAAUUAAAUUAAUUUCUUUUAAAGAAAAAUUGUUACAGUCAAAAAAUGAUAAAAUCAUCAUUAGGAUCCCAGACGAAUAGGCCUUUAUCUGGUCAGUUAUACAAAUACACCAACGUUGUUAAAGGGUGGCAACAGCGAUGGUUCGCAGUCGACGCAGAGACUGGAGUCCUAUCUUAUUAUCUUUAUGAUGGUCCUGGGGACACUAUCCAGCCUGGACAGCCUGCUAGAGGAGAGGCACAUUUAGCAGCAGCAGUGAUAUGCCCAAGUGAUGAAGACUCCCGCACCUUCACUAUCAACUGCGCCUCGGGCGACAUGCUCAAGCUGCGAGCUACAGAUGCCCGGGCGCGUCAGGAGUGGGUCAAUGGCCUCCGUGCUAUAGCUGAAAUACACACUAAAGUGAUGGGCGCCAACCCCCCGCUGCAGCCACGCGAGCAGUUGGCAGUACACGACGCCAUGGCCUCUGCUAGACAGCAGCUGCAGGCCACGGAACUCAGUGACGCAGCUCUGGCUCGAUGCAUAGAAUCAGCAGACUCACCAUUCCCGCACACAGAUCCUGAUCUAUUACUAUUAAAGGCGACGUCAGCGGCCAGCAUGCAGGUCCUGCUGCAGUGCCUGGGGCUGCUGCUGCGCUCGCAGCGCGCCGACCUCGGACACUGACCGAGACCUUUUGUUCAGGCGGGCUCCUGCGACCACGGACUAAAUAUAGAGAAGGAUCAACUUGUGCACUACAAUAGCAAUAUUAACCAGGCCAUGACCUUCCGUGUGCACUGCAUCAGGUCUCCCGGCGUGCGGUUGCUAUAAGACGCGCGGACGCCGCGUAAGGCGAGGCUAAUUUCGUUUUCUGUUCUUGAGGGGACGGAACCGCUACCCCACUCGUCUGCCUCAGCCUCGCGUAUCGUUUCCCUACUUUUGUUAGAAUGGCAAUAAGGCUCUUUGAUUUUGCUUCGUUCGUGCGUCUAUGAAUGUAGCUCAUAGCGAGCCCAUUUUCGAAAUGUAUUUAGGAAUCGUGUAAAUAUUGUACCAAAAUAAUUCUUGAUAGAAAACCAUGCCUGUCACUAGAUUAUAAUGCUUAGAUUUAAUGCGUUAAUAAAGCUAAAUAUUUCAUUCAGUGAAGACACUGAAGAGUUUUUGUAUAUUUGUUUGAACAGGCUAAUCUCUGAAACUUGUUCUUCGAUUUCAAUCAAUCAAUUUAUUUGUCAAACAUAGAAACAAUAAAAAUCAUGAAAAACAAUUUCUGUGCACAUAGUGCUAUGUGAAGUGUGUGCACACUCAUGUAGAAGUAUGUAACUGUAAGUAUAUAAAAAAAUUAUAUGAAAUCCUGAAAUUCCAAGAGUUUAUUGUAAUAUUAGAAUAAAAUGUAAAAUAGGACGAGUAUUAAAAUUGUGUGAAAGAAGUCGAAUUUCCGUGGUGUAUUAUUUUAAUCUACGGAAAUGCAAUAUGUUUUCCUAUCAAGAUGCAUUUACACCAAAACCAGUGAAUUAAUCAUCGUCAUCAUUAUAUCCCCACUGUGUCUGUCCAACCAAUGGCUGAGCCGAGUUGGCCACAGGCUAUGGGUAGCCUAGCUAUUGGUUGCUAUGUAAUGGCCAGCCAUUGACUUGAGUGAAAGAAAGAGAAAGAAAAUGCUUUAUUCGGCAAAAAAAGCAUAGGUAGUUACAGUUUUAUUAUACAUUUUGUUAUACAUGUACAAACUAGGGGUCUAUGCCGAAAAGGAUCCCAGCUCAGUUUUGUGCCGUGACUGGAAGCCACAGAGCUGAUUUUCAGCUGGUACCUACAUAAGAACAAGAAUGAGAUGAGCCUUUGCUCGCUUGGUGUAAAUCAGCCUUCAUAAAAAACAUAGAACAUUCUAUUUUUUUUUUUAAUUUAACUUCUUAGUGAAUAAGAAAUGAUCUCCAUUCUUUGUAUAUUUUGCAUGUGUGUAGAUAUGAUAUCUAUUUAUAUUUAGCAGUGAUGGUGGGGUAGUCAGUACCUAUAUAAAUAAAUGUAUGCCGCGUGUGUGAUAGAAAGUUUCCCAGGUAUUUAAAUGAAUAAAUAUGAAAUUAUUAUUAUCUGUAUCUGAUGAAUAUAAGUCUUGAAGAUAUUUUUCUUGUUUGAUUUUUUAGACUCACUUUAAUACUGCUUGUGCAGUAUGUGCAGUGUUUUCCUGUAUAAAUACUUGUAAAAAGAAAAUGCAAAAAAAUCUGAAAAAUCUGUGUAGAUCUUUACUUAAGAAAACAAUCGUAACAAUUGGUAUCCCACAUAGAUAAAAGAAAUGUAUCCCACCUUUAUUUUUAUAACGAUCUACUCCUGAAAUCCUACUUGGAGUUCCUGGGAACAAUGAUUUGUCAAUAGUAGUCCAAUAGUGCCUUCAUACUUUUUUAAUCGUGUCCCAAUGGUUACUCAAUAGAUAGUCCUUUUUGUGGUUGUAUUAAUUUGUGUUCACAAUGUAAACUAUUAUUGAAAUGGUAAUACUACACUCUCAGCAUUGCCGUUUCUCUAUUGACAAAUUACCAGUUGUUACUCCUUGCACAAGCACGGAGUUUCAAAUAGCAAUAAAAAACAGACACUAUUCAUUUGUUUUAUUUUGUCAUCUAGACGUUUAGUUGGCAAUGCCGAUAUUGGUAUUGCUUCUUUAUAAAGAAUAGUCUUAUAAUUUUAUUUAUUUUGUAGCAAAAUGUGUGACCAGGAAUUUAGGACGUUGCGGAUUGAUCCGCGGUACCCAUUUACAAAUCAGACUAAGGCAUGUUACGACAAUUACUGUGAUUACUACAAAUGCACUCGUCUCCUAGGAAUGACGAUUGCAAGAUCUUCAAGAGAUACUUUGAAACCAUCUGCCCUAAUGCGUGGAUCUCCCACUGGGACGAGCUGCGUGAUAAAGGAGCUUUCCCUGGACCCAUCUGAUCGUGUUGUCAUGUCGAAGGCUUGAAUUGAAUAAAGGGGAAAAUGCG